AUGACGUCGCCGCUGGCACCUUCCCCGCCGGCGCGUCAGGGCAUGCAGUCGCCGUCGCCGACGACGAAGGUGGCUCCACCGCCGCUGCCGCCGCCGCCAUUGGCCGUGGACGCUGCCGUCAUCAUGGGCGUGCUCACGGCCGUGCUCCUGGCGCUCUUCCUCUUCCUCAUCUACGCCAAGCACUGCAAGGAGCGCGGCCCCGGCGAGGGCGCCGGCGGCCUGGGCCUCGGGUUCGCGCCCUCCUCGUGCGACCGCUGCCGCUCGGGGCUCAGCAGCUCCGCGGUGGGCGCGCUCCCGGUGGUCCGGUUCGGCGACGGCGACGCCGACGCCGGCCGCGCCACCGAGUGCGCCGUGUGCCUGGGCGCCUUCUACGCCGCCGAGCUGCUCCGCGUCCUGCCCGCCUGCCGCCACACCUUCCACGCCGAGUGCGUCGACACCUGGCUGCGGGCGCACUCCACGUGCCCCGUCUGCCGCCGCCGCGUCACCAGGGGCCACGUGGACGUCCCCGAGCCGGAGGAGCUGGCGGCUGGGGCGAGGACGUCGGUGCCCGGCCGGCGGUCGGCGGGCGACGCGGAGGUGCAGGUGGAGGUGGUGGUGCACCGCGCGCGGGACCAGCGGUGGUCCACCGACGGCUUGGUCGGCCGGGUCGCGUACCUCGAGGCCGCCAGGCAUCGGAGGGACGACCUCGGCAUCCUAGUGGUCACCGCCGACGGGUCUCGCAGCUCCCGCAGCGUCGUCAUGCCGCGGUCCUGCUAG